AACAAUUAUUGUCUCUCAAUCACACCUUCAAGCUUAGUACUUUUAUCAAUUAUUGGGUUUAUUACCUUGAUCUUGAUCCGGGUUUUAUACAUUAUACAUCGGAGCAGCCAACCUCGUAGUGCCUCGUCACAGCAAACCCCUCAGCACCCUCAUUGUUCUGGGUUCGGGUGGUCAUACAGCGGAGAUGAUUAAUUUGUUGAACGUGCUUCAGAAAAAUAGUUUUACGCCUAGGUAUUAUAUUGCCGCUGCGACUGAUAACAUGAGCCUUCAAAAGGCACAAGUUCUUGAAAGCUCUUGGCUCAAUGAGGGAGGAGUUGAAGAGGUUGGAUCUGCUAAAUUCAUGCAGAUAUACCGAAGUCGAGACGUCGGUCAAUCAUAUAUAACCUCUGUUGGAACCACCUUAAUCGCUUUGGCUCAUGCAUUGUGGCUAAUGAUAAAGAUUAGACCUCAUGUGAUUUUGUGCAAUGGACCUGGAACUUGUAUACCUCUUUGCGCAAUUGCUUUCAUCUUCAAGAUUCUUGGAAUUAGAUGGUCAUAUAUAUUCUAUGUUGAAAGCAUUGCAAGAGUGAGGAGGCUUUCUUUAAGCGCACUCUAA